CAUCGUUCUUUAUGUUAUAAACAAAGCUGAUUCAAUUAGUGAAACAAAUGUUUCAAGUAUCCCGUAUCAAUAUAAUUUACGUUUAAAACGUCUUACGAGUAUAAACAACCGUUAUGAUUAUAUUAUCGAAACGAUCCCAGCAAACACUUCAGAUCCUUCAUUACCUCAAAAUUCUACUCAAUCUGUGAAACUUGCUGAAUUAAUUUCACGAUCUUUUAAAUUGGAUACACCAGGUUAUUACGAGGUUCAAGAGUAUAAAUAUGUUCCCAAUAUUUCAAAUUAUACAAAAUACUUGACAGCAAUUGGAAAAUUUGAACAUUGGAUCUAUUUUGGAUGGGGACCACCAGUUAUCAUUUCGUUCACUAAUUCUACACCAACUUCGGAUGAUCCUUUAGGGUUGAAAUUGUGUGAAUAUAAACUUACUUGGACUUUCAUACUUAAUGGCUAUAUUAACAGGAAAUGUGAAAAGAAAGGAGAAAAGGAUUAUGUACAAGUUUCUUUUGUGAAAGGGGCAAGUAUUUAUGCAACAAGUUUUUUUGGAUUUACAUUUUAUUCACCAGACGAGAGUAUUAAAUUUGGACAUAUUGAUGGUAUACAUCUGUUCGAUAUGCUUGCUAGAGCUGUUUAUGUUGAACAGAAUGCACCAUUUCCUCCAAUAAUUCCAGCAUUAUUUGCAGCAUAUUUUGAUUUUAUUACGAGCCAAUAA